UCAUUUUUCUUGCUUAAAAAUAUCACAAAAAAAUUACACAAACAAACCAUGGAGCACCAAGUAGAAACCAACAAGACAACGUCAUUGGCGUUCAAAGCACGUCGCCGGGAGCCGGAGCUAAUCUCUCCGGCAAAGCCAACGCCACGAGAGCUGAAGAUCCUCUCCAACAUUGAUGAUCAAAUCGACUUAAGACGAUAUUUUCAUGGUAUUUUUUUCUACAAAUACAACCCUUCGUCCAUAAUCAAAGGCAGCUCUGACCCCGUCCAAGUGAUCCGCAAAGCCCUGGCCGAAACACUCGUUUACUAUUACCCGUUCGCCGGCCGACUUUGGGAAGGGCCUAACCGGAAGCUGACGGUGGAUUGUAACGGAGAAGGUGUAUUGUUUGUCGAGGCAGAUGCUGCCGUGGCUCUCGUUGACUUUGGAGAAGAUCUUCAUCCCCCUUUCCCUUGUUUAGAGGAGCUUCUGCUUGAUGUCGAGGGUUCCAUAGGGUUUCUUGAUUCUCCCUUGCUUCUUCUUCAGGUUACGCGGUUAAAAUGUGGAGGUUUUAUCUUCGGCGUCAGCUUUAACCAUGUCAUGUGUGACGGUGGCGGUUUCAGGCUUUUCUUAAGAAUGCUCGAGGAGUUGGCGCGUGGCUCAAACGCGCCCUCCAUUCCACCAGUCUGGGACCGUCACCUCUUGAACGCAAGGGACCCACCGUGUGUAACACACGUGCACCACGAGUACGACGAGGACGCCAUCGGCGAUGCCGGUGGUCCCAUCCCGGAGGACCCCAUGGUUCAACGCUCGUUCUUCUUCGGCCCGAAAGAUAUCUCAGCCAUACGCAGACUCGUCCCGUCCGAUCUCGGCGGCCGCAUCACCACCUUUGACCUGCUGGCUUCAUUCCUCUGGCGUUGCCGAACCAUCGCAUUGAGACCCCUCCCAGAUGCCAAAACGCGACUCUUUCUCACCGUGAAUACACGUUCCUUUUUUCGCAACCCGCCGUUACCAUCGGGCUACUACGGGAACGUGAUUUGUUCUCCGGUGGCCAUAACGACCGCGGGAGAACUUUCCGAACGACCUCUGGAGUUUGCGUUAAGGCUGGUGAGAGAGGCGAAAUCCAUGGUGACAGAAGAGUACGUCAGAUCCUUCGUCGAUCUAUUAGCAAAGAUAGGUCUGCGAAACGCGGCGUUACGGGACACCUACAUUUUAUCCGACACAAGGCGUCUCGGUUUCGAUGACGUGGACCUUGGGUGGGGCCCGCCGGUGUACGGAGGGUCGGCGGAGGGAGGCUAUUGGGGAGUUAACUGGCUCCUGCCGUGCAAGAAGACGAACGGUGAGACCGGAACCGUCGUGCAAGUUAUAUUGCCCGAACCAGCUAUGGAGCGGUUCGCGGAACAGCUCGCUCUUGUCUUCGGCGACGAUGGAAGUAGGAAGCCUAUCAGGUCUUCCCUCUAGAAUUAAGUGUUAUGCAUUUCAUAUUAAUAGUUGAUGGACAACAAUAACAUUGAUAUCGAAUCAAUUCUUGACUUUAUAUUAUAUAGUUCUGUUGUUUUGUAUUGGUUGAUAAUAAAUCAG